AUGAGUUUUCGCUCGUUGAAUUCCCCACCGUUGGUGGCGGCGGCAGGUGCUGUCAUUGUUGCCGGUCUCCCCUUUGUCCAAGUGGGCGCGGUAUCCAUGGCGGCCCUGAAAGUAGCCAAUAUUGUGGCAUUUGUCACGAAUACCACGGCCGUGUCGAUUCCAGGUCGCAUGGAUGGAGACCAAGAUGCCCGUAUGCGUCAAGGGGAUAUGAACCCCCACGACGAAUCGACUCCACUCAACAAUAACAAUAAUAUCGUCCAACGCAAUCGCACACUAGUGGCGCCCGCUGGAUGGGCCUUUGCCAUUUGGGGUCCGAUUUAUUUGGGAGAAGCCAUUUUUUGUGGAGCGCAAUUUUGGGAUCCCACCAUGACGGCAGCCGUGCCAUCCAUGACGGCCCCCUUUGUGGCGGCCAAUUUGACGCAAUCCCUCUGGUGUGCAUCGUUUCGAUCGUCGUACAGCCAAGGCUGGCACAAAUAUAUAUCGGUAUUCAUGCUGGGUGGGACCGCUUUCUCGCUGUCGCAAGUGCCAUUUGCCGACAUUGCCAGUCCCUACAUGAUACCCUUGACGAUGCAUUUUGGCUGGACGACAGCGGCCACAUUGGUUAAUUUGAAUGGAAGUUUGGCCAUGGGUGACAACACAUCGGAGCGAACCAUUAUUGCCGCGGGGCAUUUGUCCGCUGUGGUGGCGACUGCUCUUGGCAUUGGGAUCACUGUGACACAAACCUUGCCCGUCUACGGAUUUACCGUGGCGUGGGCGUUGGCAGCCUGUAGUAGCGGAAUGAAGGUCAAACCAGAUGAUCCCUCGGCGUCCUCGACCCUAAAAGCGGGGGCCAAAGUCCAGCAAAUCCUAUUGCUGGCUGGUUCCGUUUUGAGUGCUGGAGCAUCUAUCUACACGUUACUGCAGUAGACGUGCUUGUGACAGACUUGGCACUUGCACAGAUAUCAUACAACUAGCCAGAAAGGCAGAUACGGCCUGGUGCGUACAUGGCAACACCCCAUCUUAGAUACAUAGAAAAAAGGAGGUUUGAACCUGUUAUGAUGCUCCCAUACCAUAGUAGGCCGUCAUUUUCUCUGGCCCACUUCAAAAUGUGCAAGUGGCCGGCCAGCAUUAACAAGAGCAGAGCAGGAAUACUCAUCCCAAAUAAAUGCAACCAUUCUCUCUGGCCCAUUGGCUAACUUCCAAAAUAACAUGUUUCAAGAGCUGCGAAAGCAUACCUGGUACAUAACAC